CCGUGAGAGACAACAGGGGAAGGAAGGCAAGGUGAACGGCUCUCAACGGCUGUCAUUGCGCUGUAAGGAUGAAGCAGGGGGAGAGAGAGGAGGACUGUGUGAUGUAGGGAGAGCGAGGGCAGCAGGGUAGGAGCAGAGCGAGAGAGAGGGGGAGAGCAAGGGAGAGAGAAAUUGGUCCGGCGCACACAGCUCACAUCGCUGGCUGGCUGGCUGGCUCGCACACUGUUGACGAAUGAGCUGUCUACCCACGGGGCUGGGAAACGGCAGCUUGUGACAAGCUGGGGAGAGAGGAACAUGAAUGUAAUGCGUACCUUGCCUCGCUUGCUUUCAGAUACCGGCCAGAAGAAGACUCCAGAGAAGAAGGAUGGGAGGCGCAUGUCGUUCCAGAGACCCAAAGGGUCCAUUGAAUAUUCUGUGGAAUCGCGGGACACGUUGAACAGCAUUUCGCUCAAGUUUGACACCACACCCAACGAACUGGUCCAGCUGAACAAGCUGUUCUCCAGAGCAGUGGUGCCUGGCCAGGUUCUGUACGUUCCUGAUCCCGAGUACGUCUCCAGUGUCGGAAGCUCCCCCUCCCUCAGUCCCAUCAGCCCCCUGUCUCCCACCUCCUCAGAAGCUGAUUUAGAGAAAGUGACGGAUUCCGAUGGCCCCCCCAGACCAGAUCCCGCUCACCCUCCCGUGUUCUCCGCCCUUCGCCAGUCCAGAGGCGUCUCAUCCACCUCCGAGGAGGAAGAGGCCCUCACAGAGAAGUUCCUCAAGAUCAACUGCAAGUACAUCACUGGUGCAAUGGGUGCGGUGAGCGGGGUGUUGCUGGUGACACCCAACAACAUCAUGUUCGACCCCCACCGGAUGGAUCCCCUGGUUCAGGCCCACGGGUGCGAGGAGUACGGCAUCAUGUGUCCUCUGGAGGAAGUGCAGUCUGUCGCCGUCUGCAAGGAGAUCACCGACCCCAAGAUCAGAGAGGCUGUGCCUGAUGACCUGGAGCCCCUCCCCACUGAGAGACACCCCUCCCAGAAGGAGCCGGAGCAGCGCCUAAGGGAGCCAGGGGCCAGCGACAGCACGGCCCCCCGCAGCACCGAGGGCUCCUUCUCCGAGGACGUCUUCACCGAGUCAGAGCUGUCCCCCAUCCGUGAGGAGGAGCAGGCGUCUAACGAGGACCUCCGCCUGGACAAGUCCUCAGGCGCCUCCACCGAGUCCGUGCAAACCCUCACCCAGGUGGGGGCCGCCACUGCCGGGUCCCAGUCCCCAGGCAGCGCCCGCGGCUCCGUCAGUCUGCCGGAGACCCCCACAGAGGACAAUCCACCAGACACUGCCCCAAAAAGCAAGUCCCCCAUUGGAUCCAAGCAGCACAGUGUAGAGAAGCCACCAAGCACAGCCCCCACCACCAGCAGCAGCACUAGCCAGGCCCCCGGCCCCAGCAGCAGCAGCAGCACUAGCCAGGCCCCCAGCAGCAGCAGCAGCAGCAGCACUAGCCAGGCCCCCGGCCCCAGCAGCAGCACCUCUCUCACAGGGUCCCAAAGCUCAACCACCCCCGGUGCCACAGACACCGCCUCUGGCUCAGCCAGUCCACAGAGGGAAGCCAACAAGGGGACAGACGUCUCCAAAACAGACACUAAGCAAGGCAAGGAGGAGAAGGUAGAAGGAGAGGAGACACAAAAUGAAGCCACGCAGAACUCUGCAGAGGGCACAGGGUCUGCAGAGAGAAGGAAGCACCCCACUCACAAGUUCCUGUGUCUGCGGGUGGGGAAGCCCAUGAAGAAGACGUUUGUUUCCAACGCCAGCGCCUCCAUGCAGCAGUACGCCCAGCAGGGCAAGAAGCACGAGUACUGGUUCGCUGUGCCGCAGGAGAGGUCAGAACACCUGUAUGUGUUCUUCAUGCAGUGGAGCCCGGAUAUGUAUGGUGAGGGGGUCAGGGGAAUGGGACAGGAGCCUGGGUUUAGGGUUGUCAAGAAGAAUGAAGUGACAGAAACAGAUGUGGACGAGCCCAUCACCGACCUCAAUGUCAAGGAGUGGGAGGUAGUGUCUCUGACGGAGUACCACCGUCGGAUCGAUGCUCUAAACAGUGACGAUCUGCGCUCGCUCUGCAAACGACUCCAGAUCACCACCAAGGAGGAGGUGAACUGCAAGCAGGGCACAUCCAUCAAGUCGGAGCUGGAGCCAGAAACGUUCAAACCCAACCUCAGAGAAGCCAGCGAUCUCCUGGAGGCCGACCAGAUAGAGAAGCUCGCGAGGAAUCUCCCACCACGGACCAUUGGGUACCCAUGGACGCUGGCCUUUGGCACAUCAAAGCAUGGCAUGAGCAUCAAGUCUCUGUACAGAGCCAUGCAGGGCCAGGACACCCCCGUGCUCAUGGUGAUUAAGGACAGCGACGGCCAGGUGUUUGGUGCGUUGGCGUCUGAGCCCUUUAAAGUCAGCGAUGGCUUCUAUGGCACCGGGGAGACCUUCCUCUUCACCUUCAAUCCAGAGUUUGAGGUGUUCAAAUGGACAGGAGACAACAUGUUCUUCAUGAAAGGAGAUAUGGACUCUCUAUCUUUUGGUGGAGGAAGCGGGAGGUUCGGCCUGUGGCUGGACGGAGAAACCGACCACGGCAGCCACUCCUGUAAAACAUUGGGAACCCCAGCGUCGAAGAAGGAAGAUUUCUAUCAGUGGACAUAAGAGAUUGGCUUUUGAAUAACCAACGUGUGCACACAGGAGAAAAAACAAGUCCUUGCAACAAGGGCAAAGCGAGAGCCCCUCCUCCUUUUAGCAAGGCCCCCAACCUGAUGCACAUCACCGGGCUCCGCAGGAAGGCCAGCUGCCAGAGCUUGUUCGUGCGUACUACGCAGUUAUACGAUGAGCUCUGUCGUGUGAAAAAUACCUUUGUGGUGUAUCUUGUUACAAGCCUUUGUGCGGCGCUUACAGAGUAAGGGGGAGGGUGUGAGGAGGAAGGAGAGAGCCUUUAGAGCAUAGACUCCUCUCCACCUGAAGGCAUUGGGUUUGGGCCGCGAGCAAAAUGACCAGCCCUGAACUCCUCCAGAUCGUGGUACCCGUGCACAGAACC